AUGGCAACAACUACUGAAGAGCUGCAAAUCGAGAAACUUCUGUUGGAGGACUCUAUCGUCACAUUUGAAUCCUUCAGCCUCCCAGCUUCCAACCAACGUAUCCUCGGACCACCGCAUCCCAAGAACACAGUUAUCCCGCUUGCACUGCGACCCGCCAAGUCCGACGCCAAGGCAACUCUCGAAGCUGUGGUAGAGACAAUCAAGACUCUCCAAGAAAAAGACGGCAUCUUGACCAAGAAACUCGCCAGGCAUGGCACGCUGCUGUUUCGCAAUCUACCAAUCCACAACGCAGAAGAAUUCAGCAAAUUCGCGCAUGCUUUCGGCUACAAACCCCACGAGAUUAUUGGCAUUGUAGUCGACAGACCACUUCUUGCGCCAAAUGUCGCGCCCGCGAAUGAAGCGCCUAAGGAGGUCUUGAUAUACAGCCACAACGAGUCGCCGCAAGUACCACAUGCGCCCGAGUAUAUCUUUUUCUACGGGCAUCAUGCGCCGUCGAAAGGCGGGGAAUCACCGAUCUCUUCUUCAUUGGAAUUAUUCAACCGCACACAGCAAGAGAUCCCAGAAUUUAUCGAUGAAUUAACGGAGAAAGGAAUUCUGAGUAAAGUGACCUACAAAGUGGAGAAGCAGUUCGAAGGGGGUUCCACACUGAAGCAGGCCUUUGGCAAGGAAAUCCAAGAUGAAGACGACGAAGAGACAAAACGCCGCAAGAUCGAGGCUCAGAUCGCGCGCUACGCCAGAGGGGAGCAUACGACGUGGGAGUGGACUGAGGAUGGUCUUGUCUUGACGCACCGGCUACCUGUCAUCCGAACGCAGCCCGGUACAAACCUGCCAACUCUCUUCACUGGGUUGGCAGCGUAUUGGAAACGUACCCAGUUUGAUGCCGAGGCGCGCAAGAAGGUCACGCAACAGCUCUUUGGGGAUGGGACGCCUAUUCCUGAAAAGUAUCUUGCACAUCUGGCGAAGAUCACGGAUGAGAUUCGGGUUCUACAUCGUUGGCAGGAAGGUGAUGUGUUGGUUUACGAUAACAUCAUUGCGCAACAUGGUAGAGAACCUUGGCAAGGCGAGCAAUCUGAUCGAGUGAUUAUGGCAAGUCUAUUCGAUGGUGAACACGUGCCGGGCGCUUAUGGAUUUGGGGAUUGGGCGCAGGUUGUGCAAGCGCUCGAUUGA